GUGCGAAAUCGAAGUACCUCAGUGUUGCUGGACCCGACAUGAAUACCACCCUGAACGAUGCUGAGGUCGGCCGGUAUAGCAAAGUUGGCGGCAGUCCCCUCGCUGAGUCGCCGAUGCCCUAUAAGACCCAACGUGCCCUCCCGAGUGAGAGCACCCUGAUCAAAUCGCCCGCCUCGGCGAAGAAGCUUGGGGGCAGGAACAGUAGUGGUGGUAGGAAGUCCAAGGAAUCUCCAGUGAAGAUCGUCAGGGUUAGUUCAGCAUUCGUCCCCUCUCGUGGAUCGACGUUUCUCCAGGCUCGGGGAUUGCUCAACAACCUCACUGAGAGCGACCCUGUAGUGUCCAAGGCACUAGCAGACCAUCGAGAGUCUGAUGGCUUAUCGAAGGAGGAGUGCUACGAGUUGAUCGAGAAGCUCUUAUCCAACCACGAGAUACCCGUCCGCGUCAAGAGAGUCACCUGCACCCAG